CCUGACGCCCUUGACUGCAUUCCUUCAAUGCACCCAUUUCCGAUGUGAGAUUUUACUGAACAUGGUCUUAGAAAUGCUUCACUGGCGUGAAGUACGCAAGAACGAUCUACAAUAUUUAACUUCUUUCGGAUUAGUGAGACGUAUAUCCACCACCAUAGUCAGAUUCCUGCUCAUAAUUAACCAGCAUCACCGCCCCAGAGGUUACAUUAUCUCCCAAGGAAUUGCAUAUUCUAUACAAACAUUCACUAAUGCUUGAGUGACAUUCGGAAAUAAAAUAUUCAUUAACAUCGCAAAUAAUUACCGACAUCUCGUCAGCGUUAACAGCGCAAACCUGCUCAAUGGAUUUCAAACUUUUCCACGGAUAUCCCCCAGUGAGGCUCCUUCACAAAUGGGGCAGGUACACGCUGGAACGAAUGUAAGCCUCGCUUAGUUCUGGAUCUCGGAUCACAUACUCAGGGCUGCAUCCCGCCAUUCAAAUUGCACUAAUGCAAAGGGACGAUCAGUUGAUUGUUAAUUAAUACACCAUCAGCCUUUCAACAAAAGUCUUGGCCGGAUAUUCCCCCGCCCGAGAUGGCACCUUUUAACAAUAUUUUUCGAGUAUAUAUACCCCCAGUGACAUAGUCACAAAUCCAAAGGUCGGAUGGAAAUAUUCAGCACCGCCUCAGUCCUCUCUUCCGGUCUUUCUCAGAUAUUUACUCUGUCAUUCAGCAGCUGAAGGACUUUGACAACCAGGAUCAGAAGAAAGCUUUGUAUGAAAGCCCAUACCACAAUGGCCACGCGUUUGUUCUUGUUUGGCCUGUCAGCCGCGGCGGCCUUGGGCCAGUCACCUAGCUACGACUGGGGACCAAGUCUCGAUAUUGGGAUUAUCUUAUUUCCUGGCUUCCAACCUUUGGAUGUCAUAGCCCCGGCCGACGUCAUGAUGUCUCUCUCCGGCACCGUCAACAUGACCAUCUCCUUCAUCUGGAAAGAGCCCGGCCCCGUCUGGGCCCGGUCACCCCCACGCCUCAACCCCAGCCCCCCAAACCCAAACAUCCCACCCUCGGUCUUCCCAAUCCAGGCGCCAAGCUUCAUGGCGACGCACUCGUUCGCCGACGCACCACCGCUCGACAUCAUUCUCGUGCCCGGUGGUUCCGGAUCCCGAGUGCUGUACGACUACAACGACACCUCCAUCGAGGAUUUCGUGCGGGAGCGCUACCCUACCCUGAAAUACCUGCUCAGCGUCUGCACGGGGUCCGGGUUCCUGGCCAAGGCCGGACUGUUGGAUGGGCGUAGGGCUACUACUAACAAAGCGGCUUGGUCCUGGCCCACGCAGUUUGGUACCAAUGUGACGUGGGUGCCUACUGCGAGGUGGGUAGAGGAUGGGAAUAUUUGGUCCAGCUCUGGUGUUUCUGCAGGCAUUGAUAUGACAUAUGCCUUCUUCUCCAGACUGCUCGACCAGAAGAUGGUGGACAGGACCAUGAACAACAUCGAGUAUGCGCCACACUUGGACGAACACUGGGAUCCUUAUUCUAUUGUGCACAACGUUCCCGGCGCCGACCAAUCUCAGUCUCUGGGGGAGUGUGUUGGCCCAGCUGGCUAUGAAUUCACGUGUGACAAGAAAUGAGGAUUCUAAGAGCUAAGGUGCUGUCAAUUUGAAUUCCUGAACAUGAAAAGACUGAACUCGGCGUUAUCCUCUUUUGUGGCAAUAUGAGGGCGAGGGAGGGGGCUUGCUUCCUUUGCACCACAUGGAAUCAACAGGCAGAUCAAUGGAUGAGCUUUUGGACCUAGAUUAUAUCUCACACUGACCAAUCAAUCAAACUUUAACUUGACUGCGCCCCAAAAUGUACUUCGAUUGGUUGUAAUUAGCAAUGAAAGAGUGUUACGAUGCUUGUGAUGUAUGAAUACCUAGCCUAUAUAAGCCGCAAACAAAGAGUUUUGGCGGGAUUACU